AUAUUUUCCUUCUUGAAAUAAAAAUCAUACAUUACAACAAAAAACAGGGAGAAAAUUGUCAUAUUUGUGCUUGAAUUACAGAGCUUUUGUUUUAGGUUUUCUGAGGACCUCUUCUGCUUCAACAAAUUAUGUACAGAAGAGAGGAAACAAAAUUACAUUUACAAACCACAGUAGAAGGGUUAAGAUUGGUCAAACCAACUUGUUUCAUAUUUAAGAAAUGAAUUCAUCAGGAUUACAGUAUCAAACAAAACUGCAUGAAUUACUAGCUUAUUCCUUCUGUAUGGAAUAGAAACGUCAGGAACAAACGUAUGCUUUAAGAUGCCAGUUUUAUACUUUUGAACUAAGAUUUUGGAUUUAUGUGUACACCUGUUAAUAAUAAUUUGUUUCAUUGUAGACAUAUUUGAUUUUAUUCAUAUAUGUAGAUGCAUCUCAAUAAACUACAUACUUGAAAAAUUUAACUUGGAUUCAUUAUGCACAGAGGGACAUUGCAAGAGCUGAUUUCUGUUCUAACCAAAGAGGCUUGUUUAUGCCUCCCUUUUUUUCCAGAGUAUUAAAAAAAUACAUAAACAGAUUGAAAACAAGAAUACUGAUGGAUAUUUUCAUAUACUGUACAGUAUGUGCAUUUAAUAGCUGCUCCUCUUUGCAUGAAUUACUGAAGAUGGUGUGGCAUUGAGCACUGCUAGGGGGUUGAGCCCAGAUUGCUUUGACUGGGCUGUAUUGUUAGAUCUGGCAUCUCUAAUCUUCCUCUUAAUACUCAGUUGUUUGUCUUUGGGGUUUUGUUCGAGCCAGUUUACUGAUUUAUCAAACACAGUUAUACUAUGUUCACUAAAGCAGGUAUUAGAAAUUUUGGGCAACUCUUAACAUUGUUUAUGGUUUAGGGGUGGGUUCACAAAAAGAAUAGUUGUAAAUUAGGUCAUGUAUACGUCUGUGUAACAUGUCUGAAAGCACUAACUCCAGCUGCAGUUCGUGCCUUGUUAAUCUCUUCUCAAUCUUCAAUGAGCUUUGCCUUGCAAUCCUUUCACAACUGUUGUUACAUGUGUAUAUAUUUUAAAUUUUUCUUCCACUCACUUUUCCAUUACUAUGCAUAAAAGUCUUUUAAAGCUUGCUCUCCUUGUAAAAAAGUGUCAGUGACCUUCUGCUGGUCAACUGGCCAGGCAGCAGGCAUUAGGGGACAACUGUGUAUGAAUAAAACAAAUUUAUUUGGUCUUAUGUUGUAUUGUCAAAGUGCAUUUCUAAUCAUUCUUGUAUUUGGCUGUAAUUUAAAAGUAUUUAAAUUUUCAAACAAGAUUAUAUGGACACAGACGUAGAUGAGAAGCUUUUAAUUUGAAAUAAUCCUGGCCGGAACCUGUUCCCAAGAGGAAAAUCUAUAUCUUCCGGGUAACACAUUUGGCGCGCCGUGAGAAAUCAAAUGACAAACUUUCCAGUCUGAGCUGCUCCAUCUGGAGUCAGUUUCAUUCGUCCGAUAAUGUCCAAACUACAGCAAAGCUGCAAGGACGGGAAACGUUCGCCGCCGGUAAAAGUCCUGUCAGGUCAGCUGAGGGCGGCGGGGAUCCGGGGUGCCGCUGACAGCGCGGAGGGAUACGUAAUCCGAGCGGGAAGGGGUCGCACUCUGCGUGUGUCUCUUGUGUGGAUGCAGGGCACGGUGCUGGAGGUCCAACUGGGCGGGACCACCGUGAUGCUGAUGGACGAAACAGGGACUUUUGCCGUCCUUGGCGUUAAUAACAUUCCCAAAGGCAAACCGUGUUUGCUUCCAGGUAAAUAUGUAAUGGUGAUGGGCGUCAUCCAGGCCGUUUCCCCGGAGCCAGUAAUCCGUGCUGUGAAGAUAGCAGACCUCUCGGACUUCGCUGCGCUCCACAGACAGAUGUGGAAGCUGGAGGUGGAGGAGCUGCAGCAAGUGUUAGCCUGAAUAUCAGACUGCUGAUGAGUACUAUUAGCUGCAUAGAGCAGGUGCAGUUGUAUGACUAAAUGAUGUUUGUGACUGAGGUUCACCGGGAAAUGUCUUGACCCGUUUUGUUUUUUUCUUGUGCAUCAUACUUUGUAAAUAUCGGUUUUACAUGCACCAGAGUUGCAGUGACUUGUUCGUGUAAGGCAUAUUAAAUGAUAAUACAACAAAGUUUAA